UCACCAGUAAUCGCAUCCAUACACGAGGGGAAGGGGAGCGAGUUUCACACAGCUACAAAGAUCUCAUAUUUAAAGCAUGGGGAAGCAGAAAACAAGGAAGUUUGCUGCCAUGAAGAGAAUGAUCAGUCUUAAAGAUAACAGAAUAAAAGAGAAAGACCGUGCUAAAGCAAAACAGAAAAAGAAGAAGGAUCCCUCGGAGCUCAAGGAGAGAGAAGUGACAAAGUACCCAUCAUGCCUGUUCUUCCAGUACAAUACUCAGCUUGGUCCACCGUACCACAUUCUAGUCGACACCAAUUUCAUCAACUUCUCCAUCAAGGCCAAACUGGACAUUGUUCAGUCUAUGAUGGAUUGUCUCUACGCAAAAUGUAUCCCAUGUAUCACUGACUGUGUGAUGGCUGAGAUCGAAAAGCUUGGAAUGAAGUACAGAGUCGCACUCAGGAUAGCCAAGGAUCCAAGGUUUGAUCGCCUGCCGUGCACACACAAGGGAACAUAUGCCGACGACUGUUUAGUCCAAAGGGUAACACAGCACAAGUGUUACAUCCUGGCCACUGUGGACAGAGAUCUAAAGAGAAGAGUCAGGAAGAUCCCCGGAGUACCCAUCAUGUACAUCUCAAACCACAGGUACAAUAUUGAACGGAUGCCAGAUGACUAUGGUGCUCCAAGGUUUUAAUAUUUCUACAACUGAGCUAGGCCUGUAAAUAGACAAAUUUCCUGUUAAUUAUUUUCCUUCAUCUAUAUCAAAAAUAUUAUGUUUUGUGGUUUGGUGAGAGUGGAUUGUGUUUGAUCGAACUGCAAAUUACUUUUUUUUUUAAGUUUUGUUGAUCUCACAAAACAUUUUGUUACAAGAAUAAAUAAAGUGUUGCAAUGCCUAUGUCUUUAGACUCCAGUCAGUUUUCCCAAUGUGUAGAGAAAUUCUUCAGAUUGUUUUUUCUGCCAUGCGCCCCACAUUUCUUAAAUCAUCAAAACUCUGGGGAGCAAGUAAAUGAUCUGUAUUGAAUUUUAGUAAACAAAAAGGACAGCAUGAUAGCAUCAACAAAUUUGCUUAUUUAAUAAAAUCAUUUAUUCAACUUA